AUGCCAAAGUAUUAUUGUGAUUACUGCAAGUCGUAUUUGACGCACGACACGUUGAGUGUUCGAAAAUCCCAUCUUAUGGGAAAAAACCAUAUAAAGUACUAUUGUGACUACUACGAAUUCAAGGCAAAGGAGACGGGCGAAUGGAAGCCACUGGAACUAGCGUACGAAGUAACCUUUGAUAAGUUGAAUAGGGGUAUUCCAGGUGGUGACGAUUAUUCUAAAAACUCAAAUAACGACAUUAGAAAUGGACAUGGACAUGGACAUGGACAUGGACAUGGCAAUGUAAAUAGUUAUAGUAAUGGAAAUGGGAAUGGGGUAGUGGAUCGAAGGCGGAGGGUUGACAAUACCCUGGACAUGAAUCCAAAAGGAGCUAGUUACAGUAGAGACAGUUUGAGUAAUAAUUAUAUUCAUGAUAACGAUGAUGGUGACUAUAGUAGUGGUGGGUUUAUACUACCGCCGCCACCACAUUUAAGUGGAAUGCCCUUGCCGCCACCGUCUCACUAUAAUCUUACCAAGGAGCUUCAGGAAGCUAUAUGGAAACAAACAAGAUCGAGAUGA